AUGUCAAAGACUAACAAGGAUUUUAGCAGUUUAUUGAACCAAAGUGAUAAGAAUGUUUUAGGAGAGCUAAGGAAUCCGACAAAAAAGAAAAAAACAGCGGCAGAUAAACAGCGUUAUGUGGAAAUAUUGAAAAGAAAAAAGCAAAGGGAGAAAUAUGUGCCAGAAGAAAAAGAGGAGCCGUAUGGAGGGACACAAUGGAGGGAUCGUGCAACUGAGAGAAGGAAUGCUGCUGGAGACUAUUCGAAGAUUGCACAAGAAUAUCAAUUGCUUAAAGGGAGAACAGAAGAGGAGUCGAAAUUCCUCGGAGGUGACGAAGAACACACCCAUUUAGUCAAGGGAUUGGAUUAUCGAUUAUUGGAGAAAGUUCGAGCAGAAAUUGAGAAAAAGGAAGAAACUAGAAAAAAGUUGAUGGAAGAGCGUGCAGCUCAGCAUGGGAUUGCGAUUCCUCUUCAACAAGCGGAGCGUCCAACAACAACGUCACCAUUGGUUAAGAGAAUAUGCAACGAGUUGAUCGAACAAGUUCAUCCCCAUCAUUCAUCAUUUCAGAAAAAGUUACAGAGAAUUGAAUCCGUUGUUUUAAGAGGAGCGCAAUUUCGAGGGAACACGAAAAACUUCAAGCCAGGAAAGAUGAUUUAUCAAUUCGAUGUCCGAUGGGAAAGGAAUGGAAGACCAGAUGGGGAAGGAGUUCCGGUGAUUCUCUAUGAGUCCGAAAGCAGAAGUGGUUCGAGCGCGAUCCACUCCGUCGUCGCGCCGGUUCAUGAAAAGAUUUUGAGUGAUAUCAGUGAUGCUUUGGAGUGGGCGGUACAGAAUAAGAAGGGUGCCAGGCGGAUAGGCAGGAAGGAUGCACCACUCACAGAAGACGAACCGAAAGAGGCUGAUACAGAGAAGGCUAAGGAUGAUGAUGAUGAUAUAUUUGGCGGAAUUGGGGGAUACAAUCCUUCAGAAAUGAUAAGUAAAGUAGAAAGUGAACAAGGUGAAGCAAAUGUAUCAGAAUUAAGAAGAGGUGGAAAUUAUUUUGGAGAGGAAGAUGAUGAUGAAAGUGAUAAGGAUGUAGAUCCUCUGUUACCAGAUGGUUUAGCUGGGAAAAUAGAAUCUGUGAGAAAACGUGGAGGUGAAGAAGUUGUAGAAGCAAAACGGAAAGCCAUGAUCGAUGAUUAUAAUGAAUGUUAUCCGGAAAUGGGAAUGGAAAUUAGCUGGAGCUGUCGUGCAGGAAGUGAUGAUGACGACGAAGAAGAAGGGAAGAAAAGGAAACGGAAAGGGGUGAGUGGAUUGAAACGUUUCUUGUGGUUAAUUUGUGUCUCGCAGAAGGAUAACGACGCUGGAGGAGAAAAGAAGAAACCGAAAUUGACUGCCCGGGCUAUGAAGAGACAAACUGAACGUGAAUGGAAAAAGAUUGAACAUAUGAUGGAAACUAAAAAAGGGAAAAAGGGACUCGAUAGCUUCGAGAAAGAGAUGCCUCGACCCAGCAGCUCGUCCAGCGCUAUGAAUGUUCUUUGA